CUCAACUCUCUUACCAUUUAAAAUCCCAGAACUAGGGUUUUCAGCCCUCUAACAUGAUAUCUGCUCUGACUACAAAAUCAAAUAAAAACCUUUUCGAAGUUCAAGAUUCGGCCAUUCAAGAAUCAGAAAACAUUUGAAAUCUGAGAAACAAGAUUCGGCCAGGAAAAAUGGCUUCAUCUAGCUGGGAAAUCUUUCUUGCAAGCUCUCCAGAGGGCCCCAUCACGGCCUAUGAUGCAAAUACAGGCAAUGCUUUGGCCUACUUCUCCAACGGCAGCCGAUCAUCCCCACGCAAGGGUCUCACCCUCGCUGGAAAGACAUUGAUUGCCACCUCCCACAUCCCUUCCACCACCACAUCCUCUUCUAUGAUUUGCCUCUACAACUGGUGGUCCUCUGCGCCUUUCCGUCACCUACCCGUCCCCGAACCAGUCGCACCGCUUGCCGCCACACCUGAUGGCUUAUACCUCUUCUGUGGUGGCCUCUCUGGCCAAAUUCACACCCUCUCUCUUCCCUCAGGUGAUCUCCUCCGUUCAUCUACCAUACACCGUCGACCCAUCACAUGCCUCAAAAUCAAUAGUGAGGUUGAUGGAUCUCUCCUUAUCUCUGGUGGGGAUGAUGGUGCGAUUGCGGUACUCUCAAUCAUGCAGCUCUUAGAUUCGACAGCCACCACCCCGUCGGAAGAUAAUUCUAGCAUCUCUCAGCUGGCGUUGCACCACUUUCCUGCGCAUUCUUCAUCGGUAACAGCUAUCGAGUCGAGCGUAGUUGGAUGCAAUACAACAAUAGUUUCUUGCUCGUUAGAUUGCACUUGCAAGUUUUGGAGCCUGGCGAGCGGCGCUCACAUGCGUACCGUGCGGUUCCCAUGCGUGAUUUGGUGUGUGGCGAUGGACCCCACAAUGUCGGAGUUUUACGCCGGUGGGGCCGAUGGGAGGGUGUAUGUUGGAAAAUUGAAGGUGGUGAGUAGGAGGAGACAAUUGAGUACAGAUAGAGAUGCAGACGUAGAGGUGGCGACGUGGGCCCAAGAGCACAAUGGGGCUGUGACAGCAUUGGCAAUGGCAAACCAAGAUCAAUGUCUCGUGUCGGCUUCGGAAGACGGGAGCAUUAAGGUGUGGGAGGUGGAGAGUGGUAAGGUGAUUAGGGUUGUUGGGCAAGAGAGAAGCAAUGGCAUCAGUGAUCUUGUGGUGGCGAAAGGAAUUGCAAGUAGCAAUAGUGGCUUCAAUAUCCGCCGCAAUGAUGGGGCUGUGGUGCGAGCUGGUGAUGAUUUUGGAGGAUUUUCAGGUAGGGAGAUAGCUAAGCAACAGCGUCCAGUGAAGGAGGUGAUGGAGAUGGAAGAGUGUUUGGGUGUAGUGGUGAAGGAUAGGAGGAGGGCUAUUGAGACGCUUGAAGGAGCAAUUGGUACGUAUGAGAGAUUGUUGACCCUCUUCCUCAACGAAGCUAAGUGAGGUUGUAAUUAAAGCUAAGGGAAGAACUAUCUUUUGUUCAUGUACACAAAACAUAGUUAAAAGUAUUAUUUGUUUAAAGAUUGUACUUAAAUAAUUUUUCA